GCGACCUUCUACAUCUUCGUUACAUUUUCUAAACACUGAAAUACCGUCCCCUUACCUUAUUGAUUGCAGCUGCUUCUCCAACUAGACAAUGUCACGCAUCUUCAUAACUGGCGCGACAGGAUACAUUGGCGGGGAUGUCCUCUUCGCCCUCACACAAGCCUGCCCCGCCUCGAAUAUCUCGGCCCUGGUACGGAGUCAGAGUCGAGCAUCUCAGCUCACACACAAGUUUCCGUCCGUAACUACCGUGAUUGGGGACCUGGAUUCCACCGCCAGAAUCACAAGUGAAGCCUCAGAGGCCGACGUCGUCCUUCAUCUCGCCAGCUCGAAUCACCUACCCAGCGCCACUGCCAUUGCACAAGGUUUGACUGAAAGCAAGCGCCAAAAGCCAGUCUGGAUCCAAAUCUCGGGUGCAAGCCUCCUCUCCGGGCCCGACAUCACAGCCAACGCCUACGGCGAACCACGCUCGCAAGAGUUCAACGAUUUACAAGGCAUAUCCGCGAUUCGAAACAUCAUCACUUCCUCGCCGAAGCGCGCCGUCGACAAUCUCCUCCUUGGUCUCUCCGCCACAAAUCCUCACGUCCGAACAGCCAUUAUAUACGGACCACUGAUCUACGGCCAGGGAAGAGGCCCCGUAAAUCAGCGCAGCAUACAACUCCCAGACUUGGCAAAAUCAACUAUCCAGCACGGCCAUGGUCUCCAGGUCGGUAGAGGUCUCAGCUGCUGGAGCAACAUUCAUGUCUCGGAUAUUGCGCAGUUGGUUGUGAAGUUGACGCAGGAAGCGUCCAACUCUCGAAAUGCGCCGCUAUGGAACGAGAAUGGGAUUUAUUUCGCUGAAAAUGGGAAGAUGCCGUUUGGGGAGAUUUCGCAAAGGGUAGCUUCGCUUGCUGCUGAACAGGGCUUUAUCAAAGACCCCACUGUUAAGAGCAUCGAUGCCGAUACAGCGGACAAGUUGACUGCACAUGGUGCCGUGCUGUGGGGGACGAAUGCUCAGUACACUGCUGCUCGGGCACGAGAGUUGCUGGGUUGGAAGCCACAGGGUCCCAGUCUAGAGGAGGAGAUUCCGAGAGCCGUGCGGGAGGAGACAUCGCAUUUCAAUUCCAAGCUGUAGAAUUAUUCUAACUGUAUAAGUGUGUAUCGGUCGUGAGGCAGGGCUAAGGAUUAUAUGCUCAGUUGGUUUCAUGCUAUGGAGCAUUAACAAUGUCCGAUCAUUGAGACUUGACGUUUACCUCACGGUUCAAUGGCUGUGGCU